UAAAAUCUCUCUCUUUCACUCUCUCUCCUGCUGCUGCUUCUUCUUCUUCGUCUCCACCGAAAAUCCCCAACCAAGCCAAACCCCCCCGCCGUCGCAAUCGCGCCCCCGUGGCGUGGCGCGGGCGGAAAUUCCUGUGGCCUCCGUUCGCCGGCUCGGAUUGACUCGCCGCAGCUCCUCCUCCUCCUCUCCUUCCCGAUUCCCGCAAUCCGAAGUCAAGUUUCUCGUUGCGCCUCCACCUACCACCUGUUUGGACUCUGGUCUGGACUGGGCUCGCUGCUGCCGUCCGAGCUUCCGCCGCCGGCCGUGAAUGCGGUGGAGUAGGAGGAGGAGGAGGAUUCUUCCCGGCCCCUCUCUCUUGCUGCCGAUAAAUUGUCUAUCUUUGUGAGUGAGGAGGAUUCUGCGGGUUGUGAGUGAGAGGCGGAGGAAGGUGCUCGUAUGCGGGGUGGUGGGGGCUCAUGAGGCCAGGAUCCUGGCUCUCCUCGUUUUGUUCCGGCCACUCUGCCCCUCCUGGAUCCUUGCGGCGGCGGAGGCGUAAAAUGGGUUCCUUGAUCUGCGCCUGCCUCCUCCAGCUCCAGCUCCUGCUCCUGCUGCUGCUCUCGGGCUCUUCUCGGGUGUCGGCGCAACCGCUGCCGCCCCUGCCGUCCUCGUCCUCGUCCUCGUCGUCGCCGGCGAGGGUUCUGGACGCAAUGCUGCAGGACUACGCGUACAGGGCCUUCGUGCGGCCGCGGACGGGCGUGGUGUACAACGGGACGGCGCCGGGGGACCUGGCCGGCGCCGUGGCGUUCUCGGCGCUCCGGCUGCGCAGCGGCAGCCUGCGGAGGAAAGGCUUCUCGGAGUACUUCGAGUUCGCCGUGCCCCCGGGGGUCAUCGUGCAGCCGUACGUGGAGCGGGUGGUGCUCGUGUACCACAGCCUCGGGGAGGAGCUGUCGGAGCGGUACUACCCGCUGCCCGGGUACACCUACCUGUCGCCGGUGCUCGGGCUGCUGGUCUACGACGCCGCCAACCUGUCGGCCGUGGGCUUGCCCGAGCUGAGCAUCGUCGCGUCGGGGAGCCCGAUCUUGGUGAGUUUCCGCAACGUCAGGGCGCUGCCGCCGGGCGGUCCGGCGCCGCGGUGCGUGUGGUUUGAUCUGGACGGCGUGGCCAAGUUCCAGGACCUGCAGGCGAGCAACGUGUGCGCGACCUAUCGGCGGGGGCACUUCUCGAUAGUGGUGAACUCUAGCGAGGUUGGUCCUGCUCCGGCGCCUUCGGUCGCCCCGCCGGCGCCGAGCGAAGGUGGUGGUGAUCGUGCUAAGGGCGGCACGAAAGGAUGGAAGGUGGCCGUCAGCGUUGUUGGCGCCGCCAUUGCGUUGGGGCUGCUGGCUUCGCUUCUGCUGUGUUUCGUCAGGUAUAAAAGGGAAAAGAAGAUGGAGGUGAUGGAACGGAAUGCUGAGGCAGGGGAGACUUUGCGGAUGGCGCAGGUUGGGCGGACGCAGGCGCCUGUAGCAUUUGGGACACGGACAAAGCCUGUGAUCGAGAGCGAGUAUGUUGCAUAGGUGAUUUUUGAGUGCUCUGCAGAGUUCAGGCAACAACAGCAAGGCUCUAUGAUUGUGCCCUGAGACAUGGAAUCGUCCAUCAGUUUGUCGAGGCAGAAAGUGUUCCAUAUCAAUGAGGGUGCUGUGGAUUGCUAGAUUUAGGGAUCAGCUUCUGCUCCUUGUGAGUUAGCACAUUCUUUUGGUAGAUCUGUUUAGAAGUUCAAUCGUUCUGAAAUGGCAACUGUUGAUGUUCAUAGUGGGGAUGUCCAUUCAUCUCCAACCAAGCAACGGAGAUUAUAUAUUUGUCAUGUCAGAUUCGGAAUCCCUCGGUUAUUUUUUCAUUGGUGUAUUCAAAAGGAAAAUGGGGCAAUAAAGAUGAGGCAUGUGAAACGGCUAAGGAAGGUCAAGUUACACCAAACAGCAAAAUGAAGAUGAAUACAGUGUUUUGGGAAUGCUUUGUUAGGAAAUUCCAAAAUUUCUUGUUGUUUCGUCACUAACUCACUGGUAAGAUUUCAGGUUGUUCUGAUCAUUGAAGCAAUAUGUAUUUUCAUUUGUAUAAUUUAGCAUCGAAUCGUCAUAACUCUUCGUUUUUUUAACAUUGUCGUUAACUUUCCCUAGACUGACUUAUGAAACUCUGUCCUCUGUUUCUUAUGCUGUAACAAGGUACUUGUAGCAGACAUACACGAUUCACCAAAAUUACACACUGGGCUGAAAGUAAAAGAAAUCCUUUCAGCAGAGAUAUUCAAGAAUCAGAUAUGACUUUCACAACAUGAUGUGUUCUUUUAGCCUGUGCAUUGUUAUUUAGUCCUUUAGUCAUCAUGGAAGCACGUUCAUUUGUAUGUUCUAUAUCACAUAAGUACCAGGAAACCGAGACAGCUGUUAAUUUCAGCUCAUGUUUUAGUGGUCAGAUCUGCCUGCAAAUUGAAAAUUUCAAACCAGAUAUGCACAUUCCUUACAAGCUGUAUCUUCCAUGAAUAUUUCUUCUUCCUUUUGUUUUUUGACAACUCGCAAAAGCUCUGCACAUCAUUUCAUUAACAACUGGGUGUAGUUUUAUUCUGAGUGUGUUGCUGAAGUUUUCUGCAGAAGCAACCUGGACUGGAGUACUAUAUACUAACUAACUAAGCUGCUCUUACAAGCAAAUGUAAUCAAUAUCAUGCACAGUGUUAUCACUUCUUGUGCACACAUGUGAGAUGGUGGUACCUUUGAUCCGUGCAGGUCCUGCCAACUUAUGCCAGACAAGCUGAGGAACGGUUCAAGAAGAAGCUGAAGCUAAUAGGACACUCACUCACUAAAUGGCAGAAUGUUUUGGGACUCUUGGCCUUGCUGUGAGCCUGUGAAGUCCUGUCCUUUCUUCUUUGGCCGGAGAAAACCACCAGGUGAGCUAACAUUGUGUUCCCUUCCCAACUUUACCCUGGUUAUCUCUUGUUCCUGGGUAAGCCUAACUUUACCCCUGCCUUUUUUUUUCCUGAAAAUUGCACUGUUUUCACUCGGGUGACUGGGAAAAUUCUUGCAUUCCUAACGGAGCCUGGGAGCUAGAAAAUGGAGCUGCAAGCAUGUCUGGCAGCUUUUCGAAGCUGGUGGCGCCACUGGCGUUGUUUGUUGUUGCACUUGCACGGGAAUAUUCGCUGGCACUUUGCACAUGCCACACACACACAGGCACACAGCUCAUGCACAUUUGUUUCGUCGCCAGGAUGUAUGUUUGUUUGUAUGCUUGUUGAAAUGGGGUGGUGUAUCUAUCCUCCCUGCUGUACUUUACUGGAUGGUUAAAAGCUAAGCUCUUGGAUUUAUGCAGCCCCUCUGUUACCCUGCUGAUUAGUUAAUGGAUUAAUUCACUGCGGCUA